UGUCUAUGAAACACGACUUCAACUCUAAUGUUUCGCCAAGAAAACAAUCGUGGACAUGGUUGUGAGGGUUGUUCGUGCUUGGUUUGUUCAAGACUACAAAAAUAAAAAACUAUCAUUUUCCAUGGAGUUGGUUCUAAUGGAUCGAAAGAUACCUUUUUCAUAUCGUUUUUCUUUUUUGUUUUUUUUAGUAUUUUUUUGUUUAAAGUAUAAUGUUCUCAUCUCUUUUAUCUAGGGUGAUCGAAUUGGUGCGUCUAUACGAAGAACAUUGAUCUACAAGUCCAAGGAGCAACUCCAAGAGGGAAUGGUGUUCACGAUUUCCUCAUUUGAUGUUGCUAGCAACAGUGGUUCGUAUCGACCAUCACGCAAUGAAUACAAACUGAAUUUCACAAUCAACACAAAAGUCAAACUAUCUAAAACUGUUUUGGUCCCAACAAACGUGUAUUCGUUUACAUCUGCAUAUGAUGUUUUCAAUGAAUCUUACGACAACAACUUCUUGGUAGAUGUAAUUGGAGUCAUGACUGGAGUUGGAGUUGAAAGAGAGUACGAAAGAGAUGGUGUAAAAACUAAAAUGAAUGUCAUUGAAUUGGAUUCAAAUGGGUAUCGUUUUAAAUGUACUCUUUUUGGAGAGUAUGUUGAAGAGCUGAGCUCUUUCCUAUCGUCCGGUGAAUCUCAAAAUGUUGUUGUAGCCAUUAUGUUGGCAAAAGUUAAAUUGUUUCAAGGAAAAUCAGCAUUGCAAAAUGCAUUUUCUUCCACUAGAAUCACAUUCAAUCCUGAAAUUGGUGAAACAAAGGAACUAAGGAAAAGCUUUCUUAGUGCAAAUACAAAUUCUCCUGCAUCGGGAUUGAUCCAAUUACCAAAUUCAUCUCGCAUACUUGUAAAUGAAGAGUUUCUCUUACUUACUCCUAGGACCACUAUUGAGGAGUUAAAGAAUGUUAAUAAGGUUGUUUUUUUUUUUUUAUUACAAGUCUAUUUUGGUAAAGUUUGUACACCUUUUGGUACAAUGUUAUUUUGUAUAUUGAUGCAAGGCACCUCUUUUAUUGUCUUGGGAAUUUCAAUUUUCAAUUGA